CAAAGCUUAGGCAGAGGCAUAACAUACUUAACACUUGAAGAAGAUGGAUCUUACCUGGUUUGUAUCCCUGCUCCUGGCUCUGAUCAUUUCAUGGUUUAUCUACUCCACAUGGGAUUCCAUAUACAGAAGACGUAACUUACCUCCAGGACCUACACCCUUGCCUAUUGUUGGAAAUGUCCUGCAAAUAAAGAGAGGAGAGAUGGUCAAAUCCUUGAUGGAGUUAAGAGAGAAAUAUGGCUCAAUAUACACAGUGUAUUUUGGACAUCGUCCAAUAGUUGUCCUUUGUGGUUACGACAACAUCAAGGGAACAUUAAUUGACAGAGCAGAGGAAUUUUCUGGUCGUGGAAUGCAACCUGCUAUUGAUCAAUAUAUGAAUGGACAUGGAAUAGUUUUUAGCAAUGGCUCAAGAUGGAGGGACCAGCGCAGAUUUUCUCUUACAGCUCUAAGAAAUUUUGGCAUGGGAAAGAAAAGUAUUGAGGAGAGGAUUCAAGAAGAAGCCAGUUUUGUCAUUGACGAGAUCAAAACACAAAAAGAACAGUUCAUCGACCCAACCAGAUUUCUAGUUCAGGCUGUCGCGAAUGUAAUUUGCUCGGUUGUGUUUGGAAACCGGUUUGAAUACAGUAAUGACAGUUUCCAGAAUCUCCUGACCAUGUUCGGUGCAGUGUUUAGGGAUAUGAGCAGUGUGUGUGGACAGUUGCUGGAAAUGCUGCCAACAAUCAUGAGCUAUGUACCCGGACCACACAAGAGAAUAAACAAAAGCUUUGAUAAACUCUCCGAUUUUGUCUUGGAGCGAGUAAAGAUGAAUGAGGAGACACUUGAUCCCAACUCACCCAGAGACUUCAUUGAUUGCUACCUCAUCAAACAGCAGCAGGAAAAGGACAAUCCUAACUUUGACAGGGAGAACAUGAAAAUGACCGUACUCAACUUGUUUUUUGCUGGAACAGAAACAGUCAGCUCUACCUUAAGACAUGGGCUCCUGAUACUUAUGAGAUACCCUGAAAUACAAGCUAAACUGCAUGAAGAGAUAGACCGUGUGAUUGGGGAAAACCGAUUCCCAAAUACUGAUGACCGUAGUAAUAUGCCGUAUAUGAAUGCUGUACUACAUGAGAUCCAGAGAUAUAGUGAUGUUCUUCCACUAAAUGUUCCCCAUACAACAACAAAAGAUGUUCAUUUCAAGGGAUACACUAUUCCCAAGGGUACCGAUGUCUAUCCAUUGUUGUGCACUGUUCAUCAAGACCCCACAAAGCUUGACUGCCCCACUAAGUUUGAUCCUAACAAUUUCUUAGAUGACAAGGGAUGCUUUAAGAAGAAUGACUGCUACAUGCCAUUCUCUGCAGGGAAGAGGAUGUGCGUUGGAGAAGGUCUGGCCAAGAUGGAGCUGUUCAUUUUCUUGACAAUGAUCUUACAGAACUUCAGGCUAUCACCUGAAAAACAAUUAACAGAUGAAGACAUCCAACCCCUAAUGGCUGGGGUUGCAAAUAUGCCAAAAUUUUACCGGGUGAAAUUCAUCCCUCGAGUGUAAUCUUUGCUAGGGAUGAUAUGCAGAAAUAAAAAUACAAAACAUGGGAGGGGUUCUCAAUUUCAUGUUGUUUUGUACUCUGUACUAUGAUCUUGCACAUCAUGUCUUACACCCCUGUGCUUUGUUAGCAAAGGUUAGCUUCUCGGAUCGACUUUCUAUUGUUCUCAUAGUAGUAUAAAUGGACUGUAGCAUAAUGCUAAUAACAGUGAGGAGCUUUACAUGGGACUUUAUCUCCUGUUUGGCGGAUAUUUUAAAUUGUUAUUUUUUUAUGUCAGUGACAGCAGCGAUGCCUAUGUGCAGCGGUAUUGAUAGAUCUCCAAACGACCCGAGGUUAGAGCCCAUAGCCCUAAUCAUGCCCCUACCACACCCCCUGUAACACUCGUAACCAUGCCCUCAUCUACACCCAAUCACACCCAGCCUUUUCUUUCAAUAUACUCACUAAUACCAGCCUGUACAUACAAAGAUCUUACUUUCUAAGUAAAAAGAAAAGGAAGAGUAUAUAUGUAAAAUUAACAUAGUAUAAUAUAUGACCUACAAAUAACAACAUACUAUGGGACAAAUAUAGUCAUUAAAUUCAAAAUCUUACUCAUUAUUAUAAUACAAAAUAGAUGCAAAAAAAUAAAAAUAAGAGACAUUAUAUAAAAAAAUAAACCCACACAAGGGAGAAAAAUGAGGAUGAGGUCACUGAGGAAAGGAAUCUAUAAAUAUUAUAAAUUCUGUAAAAUGUUAACAAUAAAAAAAAAGUUACUACA